AUGCACGAAUUUCAUCUCACCGAGGGUCAGAUUCACCAGAAACUUGACCAUUUUAACAGCAGAAACACGGACACUCUUCUUCAGAAAUACAUUGUGAAUGAAGCGUACUGGAAAAAGACUGAUGGUCCAGUGUUUCUCUACAUUAGUGGUGAAGGCGCGUUGUCAAAAUUCAGCUUGUUGGCUGGUCACCAUGUGGACAUUGCAAAGAAGCAUGGAGCACUCCUGGUGGCCCUCGAACACCGUUUCUACGGCUCGAGCAUCAAUCCUGGUGGCCUGGAGCUUUUGAAUCUGCAGCACCUUUCUAGUCAGCAGGCCCUUGCAGAUCUGGCUGCUUUCCACAGCUUUAUCAGUCAGAAAUAUGCCCUCACUGACAAGAACAUCUGGAUCAGUUUUGGGGGCUCGUAUGCUGGCGCUCUCUCCGCCUGGUUCAGGGGAAAGUUCCCUCACCUCGUCUAUGGGGCAGUAGCAUCCUCGGCUCCCGUUCAGGCCAAACUGGAUUUUUCUGCUUAUAACAAGGUGGUUGCACAUAGUCUUACAGAAGAGGAUGUAGGUGGCUCUUAUAAGUGUUUAAACAGUGUUCGUGAGGCCUUUGUGGAUCUGAAGGCAGCUCUGCUUGGGGAUAAUGAGAUGAAGGUGGUGAAGGAUUUUGGAUGUUGUGAUGUGCCAAAGAGUCCAGAGGACUGGACCGAGCUCGUGCAGAGCAUGGCUGACAUCUUCAUGGGAAGCGUGCAGUACAAUGAGGAAGGAGUGAUGCCAACCAUCGCUCAAAUCUGUGACAUAAUGACCAAUCAAAGCCAAGAGGAGGCCUAUGACAGGCUGGUCAGACUUUCAGCGAUGUAUCGUGCUAUGUCUAAGGAACGUUGUCUGGAUAUCUCUCACCAACACACCAUGCUGAAUCUGAAUGAAAGCACCAGGGGCAGCUUCGGGUACAGACAGUGGUACUACCAGACCUGCACAGAGUUCGGCUUCUAUCAGACCUGUGACGAUGCUAGCUGCCCAUUCGUGCGCACUGUGACACUGAAGGACCACACUCAGCUCUGCCUGCAGCUGUUUGCGAUUCCUGAAGACACACUCCCCAUGAACAUCGCCUUCACCAACCAGUACUACGGGGGACAUCAAGCCAAAACUCAGCGUGUGCUCUACAUCAAUGGUGACAUUGACCCAUGGAUGGAGCUAAGUAUUGUGCAUAAUGGGACCGGGGUGGAUGAGGGCAGAGCCAUCGUGAUUCACGGAGCUGCUCACUGCGCAGAUAUGAACCCUGCACACUCCAGGGACAAGCCCUCAUUGCGCCAGGCCAGGAAGGAAAUUGAAAGGCAUGUUGUCAUGUGGCUGAAGAGUGCAGCAUGA